AUUAUCGAUAAGUAUCGAUAAGUUUCCCAUCACUAAUAGAAAUAUUGAUAGACCUUAGUGAAGUAUUGUACUGUUAGUUCAGCGGUAAACGAUCCAUUUACGUUUAUUAGCGUUAUUACGUUAUAUAUUCACAAUCAUUACAUUUUGUUUAUCCAGAAACGCAGAGAACAAACAGCAAGAAAGCAUGGCUCGUGAGGAAGAAUAUCAGACGUUUUUGGAUUAUUUCAAAGCACAAGUAGAUCCCAACGAUCCUUUGCCACUUCGUGUUCCUGUAUAUAACUUCACAGAGGACGAAAUUGCUGGAGAAAUAAUACAUUGGGUUCAGUUAUAUUUAAUGCAGAUGCAUUGUCCGCAAUAUUUGCUCGUACCUCUCGUGAAUAAAGUAUUACAAGAAACAAGAGAUUCUUGUAAAAAGCUUCCUAAGCUGUAUGGGUUUGACGGAUAUGUCUUUAAUCCGUUAAAAUUAAGCACAAUGGUGAUUAGUCAUGCUAACGCCAUUUGUGAAAGUUUGUUAGAUAACACUAAAUUAAACGAAAUUCUAACCAAAAGCUCUAAAGAUGUGCUGAGCCGAACUCCUAAAUAUUUUGUGAAAGAGAUUAAAAAUACUCGACGAAAAAUGGAGGACAGACAUAUAUGCAUAAGUGAUUUUAACGGAAUGUUCAAUAAAAAUGACUCUGAACCAACAAGUUUUUACGGAGUAUUUGACGGCCAUGGAGGCCAGGAUGCCGCCGUAUACACAGCCGCUCAUCUUUGUUACAACAUUGCCAAGAGCCUUAAGUAUCCUACUAAUAUUACAGGAGCUAUUAAAGAUGCUUUCAAAACAACGGACGAUGCUUUUAUUGGAAAAUCCGAGAAACAUGAAUUGUCCAGUGGUACAACUGCAAUCGUGUGUAUUUAUCGAGCGAUUGAGAAACGUUUGCAUGUAGGAUGGGUAGGUGACUCACAGGCUCUGCUGGUAUGUGAAGGCAAAGUGUGUCAGAUAGUUGCACCACAUGUUCCAUCUGUGGAGAGUGAACGAGAUAGAGUUGAAAAAAAUGGAGGAGUUGUAAUCAAUUGGAACGGCUCAUACCGCGUCAAUGGUGUGCUAGCUGUGUCUCGAGCAAUUGGUGAUGCUUCUUAUAAGCCUUACGUAACAAGUGAUCCUGAUACAACGUGCAUCAAUUUGAACGGUAAAGAGGAUUUCUUGAUUAUCGCCAGUGAUGGUUUAUGGGAAUCUUUAACUGAAGACAACAUCGCAAUAUUGGUGUACAGGCAUAUUGCUGCGAACAAAGGCUGUGCUGAUUCUGUUGCAGAUGAAAUAAUUGAUCGCGCAAGGAAGGGAACAUCAGAUAACAUUACCGUUGUAGUUGUAUUUUUCAAAGACCCUAAGAAAAUUGCGAAUUCACCCUGGCUAAGUGAAAUGGAUACUGCGUGUGAUACAAACAGUACUAACAACGAAAUUGAAAAUGAGACACAAUCAACAACUCAUCACGACUACAACGAGUUUCAUGAUAAGCAAACAACGAUAAACAGCCUCAUCAAUAGUGAUCAGGAUCACAACAGCCAGUUUGGUGAUGAUCUAGGACCUGAAACUGAUGUAGACCAGCAAGACGAUUUCAGUGCAACUGAAUCAUCGAAUAAAUUUCAAACUAACAAUAUUUGUGACAUUAAUUUGUCCAAUUCAGUGAAAUCUGUGUCGUUAGAAAGCAAAAUAAUGCAACAUCUUUCUGAGCACAACAAAGAUUUCUUGGGUAGCAAUAAUCCUUUCAGACACGAUACUUUCGAUGAAAAUAAAUCUCAAGAAUGCAUUGACAAUGAAAGUGACCACAACUCCUUGCAAGAAGUUGACAACAAAAUUAUCGAUGCGCUCGAAUCACUGGGGAUCGCCAAAGAAGAGAAAGAGAAAUGUAAAAUUGAAAAUGUCACUCGAGAUUUAACUGAUAAUUUGGCAAUUAUCUCGCCAGAGGAGCAGGAUUGUUUUCAUGUGAAUCAAUACAAUAUCGAAAUACAAUAUCGAAUCAGAAACAAGUGA